AUGACCGCAAAGGCAGAGCUUCAGAGCUGGACAGAAUACCCGGAGGAUUUUACCCUGUUGCAGCAGCGCAACCUGGCGCAGGCGAUUCAGACGCAAAUCAGCGCAAUAAGUGGCAUCAACUCCAAAAGUUGGAUUUCUUCGAAUUCUCUCCGUGCGUUUUCCGUGCGUAAGGAUGCGCACGGAUCUGCAGACGCGGGCCUGGCACUGGACAAACUGGUACCCAAAGUACCUGAAUGCGCGUCCGAGGCCGGCAUGACAGAGUCAGCCCCUGACCAGGCAGCAGAGGGGGGCAAAGCGACCCACUUUGGCCCCCAGAGGCACAGACGAGUCGCAGCCAAUGCAAGGGAAAGAAGAAGGAUGCACGGCCUGAAUAAAGCCUUCGACGAGCUCAGGAGCGUCAUCCCCUCCCUGGAAAACGAGAAGAAACUGUCCAAGUAUGACACCCUCCAAAUGGCGCAGAUCUACAUCACUGAGCUGUCCGAGCUCCUGGCCGGGGUGGUCCAUCCAGACUGCCGGAGCCCCCUCCCAGGAUCAGCGGACAUGACAUCCAGGAGGAGUCUGAUCCACUCCCUCCAGCCCGCGAACCCGCUGAGCGCAGAUCAGAGGGACUCCGUCGGACACUUUAUCAUACUGGGACCAAAAUCUGAGUCGGGGUCAAAUAAAUCAGCGACCUCUUCUAACAGCAGUGAUGGGGAAUGUUCCCCUCUGAGCGACACGGAGGAAAGUCAGAAUGGAAGACAGUAGCACACAUACCACUGAGCUGAACUGGUUUUGUACUGCAGUGUUUAUUAUAGGUGUCAGGGAAGCAAAGAUUACAGCUGGUAGAAAUGUUAACGAGAUGAGAUAGUUCUGCAGAAUCUCUUGUCAUAGCUUAGAUGUUGCACUGCCAAAAGAUGACACAGGAACAACGCAAAAACAACUCUAUCAUCAUGAAUUUCUUAAGGCCAUGAACAACUCCCAAAGGCCUUGUCUUGCACUUUAAACUUGGCCUAAACCAUCACUAAUGACACUCAUUGGUGACAACUGUUUAAAUGCCUC